CUUCGCUAGAAGUAAUAGUGUUCUGUGUACACCAUAUUGCUAUAGUUUGGUACUAUUUGGCUAAAAGAGUACUCAUAUUAAUUAUUUCUUUGUAAUUAAUGUUUUCUUAAAAACCCUUGGGUUGUUUUUCUGGCUGAUUUGAAAAUGAUUCGGAAUCUUAGCAAGACGAUAAAGUUACAAAAAGCACAAUUUGCAACUGCAGCAGCGCCGGCACCGCACAUCACCCCGGAUGUUUUGUACACUGGUAUAUUUAUCAAUAAUGAGUGGGUGAAAGCUGCUGAUGGCAAAACAUUUCCAACUGUUAAUCCUACCAAUGAGAAAGUUAUUGCGGACAUUCAACAGGGUGGAAAAGCAGACAUUGAUAAAGCAGUCCAAGCAGCAAAGGAUGCCUUCAAGCUGGGCUCACCAUGGAGAAUAAUGGAUGCAUCUCAUCGGGGCUACCUUUUAAACAAAUUGGCUGAUCUUAUUGAGAGAGAUAGGACUUAUAUAGCAAGCUUGGAGACAUUAGAUAAUGGUAAGCCAUUCUUGGCCGCGUACUACGGAGAUGUGGCGGGCUCAAUAAAGAACCUGCGCUACUACGCGGGUUGGGCCGACAAGAAUCACGGCAAAGUGUUACCAACAGACGGCAAAUACUUUGCGUACACACGUCACGAGCCUGUUGGUGUUUGCGGUCAAAUAAUACCAUGGAACUUCCCAUUGUUGAUGGCGGCCUGGAAGUUGGGCCCCGCCCUUGCAACAGGCAACACUUUGGUGCUAAAACCAGCCGAACAGACGCCACUCACAGCUUUAUAUUUAGCACAACUUGUUAAGGAAGCCGGCUUUCCCGAGGGCGUAGUUAACGUUGUGCCAGGCUACGGCGACACCGGCGCAGCCUUAGUUGACCAUCCCAAUGUCGAUAAAAUUGCUUUCACUGGUUCCACAGAAGUCGGUAAACUAAUCCAAAAAGGUGCUGCUGGCACAGUCAAGAGGAUCACUUUGGAAUUGGGCGGAAAAUCACCAAAUAUUAUAUUAAACGAUUGCGACUUAAACCACGCCGUGGAACAGUCUCAUAUGGCGCUGUUCUACAACAUGGGACAAUGUUGCUGUGCGGGUUCACGUACGUUUGUCCAAGACAAAAUAUAUGACAAAUUCGUUGAAAUGUCAGCGGAGCGUGCUAAAAGACGAAUUGUGGGCAAUCCAUUCGAUCCUAAGACUGAACAAGGUCCACAGAUUGACUUGGAACAACAUGAAAAAAUCCUUAGUCUGAUAGAAAGCGGGAAAAAGCAAGGCGCGAAUUUAGUAACGGGUGGCAAACGUCAAGGUGAUGCGGGAUUCUUCGUCGAACCCACUGUCUUCGCGGACGUCAAGGAUGACAUGGAUAUCGCUAAGACUGAGAUCUUCGGUCCAGUGCAACAAAUAAUAAAAUUCUCAGAUUUAGACGAAGUAAUCGCUCGCGGCAACAAUUCAGAGUAUGGACUCGCGGCCGGCAUCUUCACCAAGGACUUGGAUAAAGCCAAUUAUCUCAUUCAGGGUAUCCGUGCUGGUACAGUUUGGGUGAACGAUUAUAAUGUUUUCGGAAACCAAGUGCCAUUUGGUGGGUUCAAGCAAUCCGGUCUUGGAAGGGAAAACGGACCGUAUGGCAUUAACAAUUAUACAGAAGUCAAGUCUGUAGUUGUUAGAUUGACUGAGAAAAACUCGUAAUCGUUUUUUAAUUUUUAUUCAAUUCUGACAACAAAUUAUCGAUAUUUUUUUAUGUCGCACAAAUAUUUGUAACUUUAAACCAGUCUACUUUAAAAGUGUUUAUUUUUCAAUAUUGUACCUUUGUACGUGGCUUAUAUGAGUGAUAACUAUUUGGAAGAUUUUUAACCUAGUCGUGUUACGGUAAAUUUAGUUUUAUCAUUUCCAUGCGAGAAUAUUUUUAAGAGGGCGUCAAAUCCAAAAUGAUGCGAUAACUUACAUUUGUAAAUUUUGAUUGCGCUUUAUAAAGGCAAAAUGUCUGUGUAUCUGUGUUUUGUGUAUGCCGAUAUAAUUUUUAAUACACUGCUUAAAUGUAUUGUAUUCAUUUACUAGUCUUCCAUUAUCAAUGCUUAGAUUGUCAAACAAAUAAUUUUUAAGCCAACUGCUAUC